AUGUGCGGCGAAAAUGCUCUUAGUGAACGAAAGACCCAGAAGCGGUUUUCUAGAUUCCGUUCCGGAAAUUUGGAUGUUAAAGAUGCACUUCGCUCUGGCCGGCUAGAGUUUGUUGGGAAUUGGAAGGGAAUUGUCCAUUAUGAGCUGCACCAACCUAGCAAAACUUCAAUUCGCUCAUGUACUCUGCAGAACUCGUUCAUAUUUGGUCAACAGGAAAGGAGUUCUCUUUCAUCACAACAAUGCGCGGCCACACACAUGGGAGAUGACUCGGUACAAAUUGAUGGAACUUGGGUGGUAAGUUUGGAUGCAUCCACACAGCUCAGACCUUCCACCGUAUAA